CUCUCCGUUGGUUGGUAUCAAGGAGAGUUGAAGGAAAUGAAUUUUGAAACUUCACGGUGUGCCACCCUACAGUACUGCCCCGACCCUUACAUCCAGCGCUUUGUAGAAACCCCAGCACAUUUCUCUUGGAAAGAAAGUUAUUACAGAUCCACCAUGUCCCAGAGCACACAGACAAGUGAAUUCCUCAGUCCAGAGGUUUUCCAGCAUAUCUGGGAUUUUCUGGAACAGCCUAUAUGUUCAGUUCAGCCUAUUGACUUGAACUUUGUGGAUGAACCAUCAGAAAAUGGUGCAACAAACAAGAUUGAGAUUAGCAUGGACUGUAUCCGCAUGCAAGACUCGGACCUCAGUGACCCCAUGUGGCCACAGUACACGAAUCUGGGGCUCCUGAACAGCAUGGACCAGCAGAUUCAGAACGGCUCCUCGUCCACCAGCCCCUACAACACAGACCAUGCGCAGAACAGUGUGACGGCGCCCUCGCCCUAUGCGCAGCCUAGCUCCACAUUCGACGCCCUGUCGCCAUCGCCUGCCAUCCCCUCCAACACCGACUACCCAGGCCCGCACAGCUUCGACGUGUCCUUCCAGCAGUCGAGCACCGCCAAGUCGGCCACCUGGACGUAUUCCACCGAGCUGAAGAAACUGUACUGCCAAAUAGCAAAGACAUGCCCCAUCCAGAUCAAGGUGAUGACUCCACCUCCUCAGGGCGCUGUCAUCCGUGCCAUGCCUGUCUACAAGAAAGCCGAACAUGUCACUGAAGUGGUGAAGCGGUGCCCGAACCAUGAGCUGAGUCGUGAAUUCAACGAGGGACAGAUUGCUCCUCCGAGUCAUUUGAUUCGAGUAGAAGGGAACAGCCAUGCCCAAUAUGUAGAAGACCCCAUCACAGGAAGACAGAGCGUGCUGGUACCUUACGAACCACCCCAGGUUGGCACUGAAUUCACGACAGUCUUGUACAAUUUCAUGUGUAACAGCAGUUGUGUUGGAGGGAUGAACCGCCGUCCAAUUUUAAUCAUUGUUACUCUGGAAACCAGAGAUGGGCAAGUCCUGGGCCGCCGUUGCUUUGAGGCCCGGAUCUGUGCUUGCCCAGGAAGAGACAGGAAGGCAGAUGAAGACAGCAUCAGAAAGCAGCAAGUUUCGGACAGCACAAAGAACGGUGAUGGUACGAAGCGCCCUUUUCGUCAGAACACACAUGGCAUCCAGAUGACGUCAAUUAAGAAACGAAGAUCCCCAGAUGAUGAGCUCUUAUAUCUACCAGUGAGGGGCCGAGAGACUUAUGAAAUGCUGUUGAAGAUCAAAGAGUCCCUGGAGCUCAUGCAGUACCUUCCUCAGCACACGAUCGAAACAUACAGGCAGCAGCAGCAGCAACAGCACCAGCACUUACUUCAGAAACAGAGCUCGAUGCAGUCUCAGUCUUCAUACGGUAACAGCUCCCCACCUCUGAACAAAAUGAACAGCAUGAACAAGCUGCCUUCCGUGAGCCAGCUGAUCAACCCCCAGCAGCGCAAUGCCCUCACCCCCACCACCAUUCCUGACGGCAUGGGAGCCAACAUUCCCAUGAUGGGCACCCACAUGCCAAUGGCUGGAGACAUGAAUGGACUCAGCCCCACCCAGGCCCUCCCUCCCCCACUGUCCAUGCCAUCCACCUCCCACUGCACCCCCCCACCUCCGUACCCCACAGAUUGCAGCAUUGUCAGUUUCUUAGCGAGGUUGGGCUGUUCAUCAUGUCUGGACUAUUUCACGACCCAGGGGCUGACCACCAUCUAUCAGAUUGAGCAUUACUCCAUGGAUGAUCUGGCAAGUCUAAAAAUCCCUGAGCAAUUCCGACAUGCCAUCUGGAAGGGCAUUCUGGACCACCGGCAGCUCCAUGACUUCUCCUCCCCUCCCCAUCUUCUGCGGACCCCAAGUGGUGCCUCUACGGUCAGCGUGGGCUCCAGUGAGACCCGUGGCGAGCGUGUGAUUGAUGCCGUGCGCUUUACCCUCCGCCAGACCAUAUCCUUCCCACCCCGCGAUGAGUGGAAUGACUUCAACUUUGACAUGGAUGCUCGUCGCAAUAAGCAGCAGCGCAUCAAGGAGGAGGGGGAGUAAGCCCCGUUUUGUGGGCUUCUCCUGGGCUCCUCCUGCCACCUCCACCCCUCCAAGGCACACUUGCGUGAUCUUCCAAGCAUUCUCCCUAGCUCCACCCCUUCUUCUUUGUCUCAUUUCUUAAGAAAAGACGUAGUAAGAGGCUACCUCUUAGCUAACAUCUGACCUGGCAUCUGAUUCUCCUUCUGGCUUUAAGCCUUCAAAUCUCUUGCUUGCAGGACUGAGUUGUCAGGUCUGGGUAGAAGUGAGCAAAAAGCAGUGGGUGUCUCCUUAAGCUGCAGAAAUCUCUCAUUGACUUUUAUAAAGCAUUUUCACUCUUAUAGUCUAAGACUAUAUACAUAUAUACAUAUAUAAAUAUAUAUAAAUAUAUAAAUAUACAAUAUAUAUUUUUGGGUGGGGGCAUUGAAUAUUGUUUAAAAUAUAACUUAAAGGAAUGGAUAUUGAGUUGCACUUAUCAACCUUUUAAAAAUUUACUUGUUUUGGAUGGCUUACCUUUGCCCCUUUUCUCAGGGGUAUCACAUAUCGUGAUAAGUAUCCAGAGCUUGAUUGUGCGUGUGAGUGAUAAUGGUGUGUAGGUCCUUCCACUUCUUUGGAUGCUCAACACAUGCCAUAUCAAAACUUUGGAUAGAGUCCGUCAUCUUUAUCGUUACUUAUUAAUGUGGUAAGACUAUAUAUGUACAUGGUUCUCUGUGUUGGCCUAUUUUUUGUUGGUGGCAUCCUGUAUAAGGCUGUUCACUUUGGGAUGGUUAUAUUCACUUUGUGAGGCACUACAGGAAAGUACAUCUCCUCCUUUGCUUUUGUUUGGGAACAAGGAAUGUAGGUACAGCUAAAUUUCUUUAAAGAUUCAUGGAAGCCAGGUUAAAGCUGGAUAUAUCAGUAACCUCCUCAGAUUUCUUGCCAGAUACCCUACUAUUUAUUGGGGAAAUAUUAGCUGCCAUCACAGAAGUCUUAAAACUAAAUUUUACUUCUGAAUUGAGUAACUCAGUACACAUUUGCUACUCUUUUUUACAAUUCAGAUUGACUCAGUUGGGAUGAAUGCCAUUAUCUAGUUCUUACAGCAUAGUUGUAAUCCCUAUUAGUAAUAUCCAGGAUAACAGGAAUGAUUCAGAAAUAUUGAGUCUCUAAUAAAUAGAUAUAUCAUUAAGCAAUAAAUUGAAAUUCCUUCAUGGUCUUUUGAAACAUAAAUAAUAUUUGGUAAAUGUUUCUUUUAAAGACCUUACUAUUCUAUAAAACUGCACAUGCAGGCAUGUUUAUCUUUCUCUUUUCAGUUUUUAAAAUAGGAAUGGUGAUUUGUAUAAUACAGAAUUGUGAAAUCAGUUUUUCUAUGGCAUCGGUUGCAUCACUGUGUUAUUUUUCUUUUUUUAUCAACAAGAGUUUGUUAGAAAGUAAACUUAAGGACCCAGUUUCCCUUCAGUCCCUUGGGGACUGUGCACAUACUUACACAUGUUUCAAAGAUCAAGGGGUGACCCUUUCAUGGAAGCUGUUGCUUCAACAAAGACUUGUUUUAGAAUUUUGGGGAAACAUGUAAAUGACAAUAUUCCCCCAGAUGUUUUGGAAACAUACUUUGUAACAAAUAUAUAUUUUUUUUCAAAAUAUAAAACAAAUAUUUUGUAUAUAUGCUAAUGAGCUCUAAAAUCUUCCCAUGCAUUCUGGUAGAGGGUUAUCAUUGCACAGAAGCUUCCAUUUUUAUUUUAAAGUGCAAAAGGGCUAAUAGAGCUCUAAAAUGUAUGAAUUUCAUCUGAGAAGUGUAUAUAAGACUUGUGUGUGAAACUGCAUACUUUGUAUUUUCUUCUUGGGAUAGUGGGUUUUCUAGAACCACAGUCAAAAGCAUUUUUGUAUUUUUUUUUUUUUUUUUACAUUUUAAAGGAAAUACUCUUCAGUAAGAAGGCAGUUCUCAAAUAAGAACACCAUAAUUGUAAGAUGGGGGGAAGGGAAAGUUAUUGUUUUUUAUUUUUUUUUAUUUUGCAUGUUAAAGAAAGAGAGUCCUUGAUUUCAACAUUUUGUGCUUAAAUGAUUGUAAGCACUAUUAAUUUCUGGAACAAGCUUGCAACUUUGAAAAUUCAUUAGGGGAAAACUGAAGCUGCGCCUUGCGGGUAUUAGGAAGACAAAUGACUUCCCCUACUAUCCUGAGUUUUUAAUGAACCUAGGACUUCUGAGCUAUUCAAGUGGCACUAGGGACUCAGAAAUGCCUGUACUGUAUCUCAUGGGUUUGGUGUACCCAUACCUUGGCAUAAUUACUGGCCUCAUACACAGGUGUCAACUUUGAUUCCUUGGGUGUAUGAGUAGCCAGGAUGGGGAAAAAGGCAAGGCAUAUAUACAGCUGGGAGUGUAGGUUCAGUGGCCUUCUGUGACCUCAACUGGGUGCAGCUAGCUGAAUAACAGAAUGGUCUUUGCUGGGAAAAAGUUAUAAAGAGGAACAGAGUAGAAUUUUUUUCCUUAAAUUCAUUUAACUUUUGUUUCUUAUAUUCACCUAAAAUACAGUAUGUGGGAUGUUGAAUGUUAAAGAGAUUGGGAUUUUUUUAUUAUUUUUUAUAAUUAUACAAAAACUAAGCACAUAUCAAAAGUUUUAUAUGCUUUAUUAAUGUUUUCAAAAGUUUGUUUCUUAUAGACGUGAUACUGUUUUUUAAGCUUCAGUUGCUUGUCUUUUGGUAUUUUUGUGUUCUGAGCUUUUGGUGAGCCAUAGGCAAAUCUAUAAGCCACCUAUGUUUGCCAAGACAUGCAAUAAAAUUUAAAAAUAAAUAAAAAUGCAUUGAG